GAGCCGAUCUGAACAAUGGCACUGUUCUUGUCUUCAGCAGAGCUGCUUUAAAGCUGAAACUGGAUUUUUUGUCAACUGAUGAAUUUGGCAACAUUAUUUCCCGUGUAUUAAUGUGAAGCUGUAUUGUUUGAAUAAAUACGAGUCGACAGUAACACAAACAGCUUGGUGUGACUGCGCCUUUAAGAGACGCUCCGCUGGUGACGCGCCGCGGCCGGUGGGCAGGAAGAGUGCGCGCGCGUCUGCGCGAUAGAGAGGCGCGUUGAUCGCUCCCGGAGCGCAGACACGGCACACGGUCCGGCGGAAUGCGCUUCUAAUGCUGGGCCACGGUCGGAAGCAAGGCCAUCCUCACCGCAGAACACUCACCGAACGGAGCAGCGGCCGCACCCGAUCCCGGAGACCGGCGGCGAGCGGAAUAACGGCGGACUGAAAACAGCAGGGCGGCUCGACACGGGUGCACGGAGAGAGAGAGAGAGAGAGAGCGCCUGAGCGAGAGAGAGAGAGAGAGAGAGAGAGAGAGACUGCCCAAGCGUUCAGAGCCAUGAGAGAAUACAAAGUGGUCGUGUUGGGAUCCGGCGGCGUGGGAAAAUCGGCGCUGACCGUGCAGUUCGUCACCGGAUCCUUCAUUGAGAAGUACGACCCGACGAUAGAGGACUUCUACCGCAAGGAGAUCGAGGUGGACUCGUCGCCGUCGGUGCUGGAGAUCCUGGACACGGCGGGCACCGAGCAGUUCGCCUCCAUGCGCGAUCUGUACAUCAAGAACGGCCAGGGCUUCAUCCUCGUGUACAGUCUGGUCAACCAGCAGAGCUUCCAGGACAUCAAGCCCAUGCGCGACCAGAUCAUCCGCGUCAAGCGCUACGAACGCGUGCCCAUGAUCCUGGUGGGCAACAAGGUGGAUCUGGAGGGCGAGAGGGAGGUGUCUUCCGGGGAAGGCAAGGCGCUGGCGGACGAGUGGAACUGCCCGUUCAUGGAGACUUCGGCCAAAAACAAAGGCUCUGUGGACGAGCUGUUCGCGGAGAUCGUGCGGCAGAUGAACUACGCGUCGGCGCCGAGCGGAGACGACCAGUGCUGCGCGUCCUGCGCGAUUCUUUAAACCCGAGCGCGACUUCUGGUUUCUCGUUCGCGUUUGUUGCCAUGGUGAGAGCGCAAAUAACGACGGAGAACAAAACACGACAGACAUCGCUUAAUUCUGCCGUGGGGGGAAAAGUUCGGCCGAAAACCGAAGUUCUGGCACCUUUCAUCGCGAAUUAAGAGCUGGCAGAACUUUUAGUUUUGGGGAAACCGUCGCCUUAAAGGAGCCGUUCACCCAAAAAUGAGAGUUCCGCUAUCAUUUAUUGUAUGAGUUUCGUCUGCUGAACACAAAAGAAGAUGUUUUGAAGAAUGUUGCUAACCGAACAGCUGUUAGUCCCCUUAGUAUGAAAAAAAAAAGUGCUAUGGACCAGAAACGGUCUUUUUUGUUUUCUUUCCGGCGGAAUACAGAUGACAGAACUUUGGUUUUCGGUCGACCUGUCGCUUUAACUGUCAUCAGUAUUCCUAUAAGUGUCCUACCAUGUCUUGCACACGACAAAAGAAUAUUGAAACAAGUGUUUACAUGACAGAAUACUUGAAUGUUCUGGGAUUAUAUCAAUAUAUAUAUAACCAACACGUUUAAAUCAGAGGCACUUGAGGGGGGUUUGUUUUCAGGUGCCUGGCUGUGACGAACGCUAGUAAUUAGUUUGUUGUUUGUAUUUUAUUUUGGAGGUGUGUUGCAGGACUGUUGAGGAUCAGUGGAUCACUCUUCAGGAUUUACAGCACACCAUUGAUGUCAACACAAGUGUCUUGCACUCUCAACUGGAACUUAAACCCCAAAAACGUGGAGGUUAAAGCGGCUGUGUGUUGCUCAUGGACUUGGAAACCCUUGUUGUGAAUCGUACAAAGUAUUGCUUUCCGUGACGUCACAAUUGAAACCACUCUCACGAGCCACUCCCCCAUUGAGCGCACGAGGACUUUACUGUUUUGACGCGUCGAGUGCCUUCCAAAAACCUGUUCAAGAGUUUAGUGCCAACCUGCAAGAGUCCCGGUUCAGUGCUUAACUGUUACACUUGCUAAUGGUUUCGGGGGUUAACGACGUUUAAAAGGCCUAUUGUUUCUUUGUUUUAGUUUUUCUCCAAUACAGGUACUGAAGCCCCCAGACUCAAACCACGAACCACUGUCUGUAUGAAAUCACAUGUUUUAUUUAGUUUUUAACAAAUGUGAUGUACCAUUGAAAUUCUAAUCCGAUUGUACGUUUAAUUUCAGACUAGCGUUUUAACAGCUGUCUGGUUGUUUUAAACGAGACUUUUAAUACAUGCAUUUUUAAAAAAAACUUCAUGCACAGUGUUUGUUU